GUAGGCGCCAGGCCCCGCCUCCAGCUCCCGCCUGGGGGCCUUGGGAAGGAAGACCCUGGACUGCGUGUCUCUCAACCAUGGAUCACGACGACGACCCGGCCGAGGUGUUGACUGCACUGCGCGAGAGGCGGCCGGGCUUGCUGGAGCUAUUGCAAGCGGCGGCAGGCUCGGGGUUGGCCGCCUACACCGUGUGGGCGCUGCUUCUGCAACCCGGCUUCCGCCGCGUGCCUCUGAGGCUGCAGGUGCCCUACGUUGGCGCAAGUGCCCGCCAGGUUGAGCACGUACUGUCGCUGUUGCGAGGCCGCUCUGGAAAAAUGGUGGAUCUAGGCUCUGGUGAUGGCAGGAUCGUGCUGGCGGCCCACCAAUGUGGUCUCCGUCCAGCUGUGGGUUAUGAGCUGAACCCGUGGCUUGUGGGACUUGCACGGCUGCAUGCCUGGAGGGCUGGUUGCUCUGGGAGUGUCUGCUACCAUCGAAAGGAUCUCUGGAAGGUGAGCCUCAGAGACUGUCACAAUGUGUCUGUGUUCCUGGCCCCCAGUGUGCUUCCACUGCUGGAGGACAAGCUGCAAGGAGAGCUACCUGCAGGGGCCCAUGUGGUAUCUGGACGUUUCCCCCUUCCCACCUGGCAGCCUGUAGCUGUGGUGGGUGAGGGCCUGGACAGAGUCUGGGCCUAUGAUGUCCAUGGUACUGGGCCAGCUGUGUCUUCUUGUGGGGUAUCCACCAAGGCUGUCCCAGAGUCCAGUUCUACCUCCAUUCCUGGGACCCUUGUUUGACAGGCUGGCCGACUAGAUACAAUAAAGACUCUGUGGCUUCAAUCCCGA